AUGGGGCUAGGCAUUGACCACAAAACUGUUUUGAACCAUUUACACAAAGCUGGCUACAAAAAGAAGCUCGAUGUAUGGGUUCCUCAUGAGUUGAGCGCAAAAAACAUGAUAGACCGAAUUAACAUCUGCGAUGCGCUGCUGAAACGCAAUGAAAUCGAGCCAUUUCUGAAACGUGUCAUAACCGCCGUCACAAGCGUUCACGAAGCCAAGAUUGACGCCGAGAUUGAUUCUCAACUCUACUGUGAACAACUAGAAAGAUUACGCCAGGCAAUUGAAAGAAAAAGGCCCGAAUUGAUUAAUAGGAAAGAUGUUGUCUUCCAUCAUGACAACGCCCGACCACACACUUCUUUGAUGACCCGUCAAAAAUUGCGAGAGCUUGGUUGGGAAGUUUUGAUGCAUCCACCGUAUAGUCCAGACAUAGCACCCUCUGACUAUCACUUAUUCCGAUCUCUGCAGAACUUUCUCAAUGGAAUUAAGUUGCUUUCAAAAGAAGCCUGUGAAAACAACUUGAUUCAGUUUUUCAACCAGAAAUCACAGAAGUUCUUCACCGAUAGCAUCAUGGCUCUACCCGAAAAAUGGCGAAACAUUGUCGAUAAUAAUGGAACAUAUUUGGUUUAAAUAAAUUCAUUUUCACACUAC